GAUCUGUGUGCUUUUCAUCAACCCUUUUUCUUUUUUAUCUAUUGUUUAUCUUUGUGGGUUUGGUCUUAUCCUUUUCUAUAUGUGGUUUUUUAUUGUUACGAAGGGCUGCUGAGAAACUACAUUUUGUGUGAUAUCAUUGAUUCAUUCUUGUGAUCCAUACAUUUCUAGAGCUUGACAAUUUCAUAGAAGGAUUUAUCUUUAAUCUAGGGAAGGAUUUGCAUUUUGAGAUACCCCUGUUGGAAUUGAAGAUGAAAAAAUUUGGAACUGAGGAUGGAGAAGUGGUGAACCUGGUGGCCGAGUAAUGGGUUUGUUCAGUUGGAUUAAUUUAACGAGCCUGUAUUUAUUUCAAUGGCCUCAAAAUCUGGUGUCAAAACUUUGUCAGAAAAGAACAGAAAAACAAUUGGCAAUCGAACAUUAGAAGUUAGUCCCCGGACGCCUUCACCUUUUCAGGUCCAGAAAACAAGUAAAUCAGAGCCUGUUACACCUAAAGAUCUGCCUAAAAAUGUGCAACAAGCUGUCUCUAAGCAGGAUACUGUAGAUGGGAUAGUGGACAAGAAAUCUCAUAAUUCCCAGCAAAAGAGGUCUUCUAAUCCUUCAGAUGAUAAAUUAAAUUUAUCUUUGGCUAAUUUGCAAGUACCAACAGGUGUAAGGUCUACAGUAAGUGAUACUAGGGGCUCACUUGACAGUGGAACUAAUCAGGAAAAGAGUACAUCUGACUGUGGAACUGUGAACGAUAACUCAGCUUCAGCUAAGGUUAGUGAUGGGACAAGCAGCCUUGCAAAGACUAGUGGAAGUGCCAAAAUUAGUGGUCGAGCUGAUUUUGUUGAGAGUGGUAAGAGCAGCAUAUAUAGAGGUAGUACAGGCAGUGACAUAAGUGAUGAAAGUACUUGUAGUAGCUUAAGUAGCAGUAUUAGCAAACCUCAUAAAGCAAAUGACUCAAGAUGGGAAGCCAUCCAAGCUGUUCGAGCAAAAGAUGGGGUCUUGGGCUUAGGCCAUUUUAAAUUGAUGAAGAAGUUGGGCUGUGGGGAUAUUGGGAGUGUCUAUCUUUCAGAAUUGAAUGGUACAAAGUGUUAUUUUGCCAUGAAGGUCAUGGACAAAGCGUCACUAGCAAGCCGUAAGAAGCUUCUUCGUGCUCAGACAGAAAGAGAGAUAUUACAGUCUUUGGACCAUCCCUUCCUUCCAUCUUUAUAUACCCAUUUUGAGACGGAAAAAUUUUCGUGUUUGGUGAUGGAGUUCUGCCCAGGAGGUGACUUGCACACACUUCGGCAGAGGCAACCAGGAAAACGUUUUUCUGAACAAGCUGUAAAGUUCUAUGUAGCAGAGGUCCUUCUUGCUCUGGAAUACCUGCACAUGCUCGGGGUUGUCUACCGUGAUCUCAAGCCAGAAAAUGUCCUAGUGAGGGAAGAUGGACACAUAAUGCUUUCUGACUUUGAUCUCUCCCUCCGCUGCACUGUCAGCCCAACACUUGUGAAGUCCUCAUCCGUUGAAACUGACCCCUUCCGGAAGAACCCCGUUUAUUGUGUACAACCUGCUUGCAUUGAGCCAUCUUGUAUCCAGCCAUCCUGUGUGGUGCCAACAUGUUUUUCCCCUAGCUUCUUUUCAAGUAAAUCCAAGAAAGAGCGAAAGCCCAAGAAUGAAAUUGGAAACCAAGUCAGCCCAUUGCCAGAGCUUAUUGCAGAGCCAUCCGGGGCACGCUCAAUGUCGUUUGUGGGGACCCAUGAAUAUUUAGCACCUGAAAUCAUCAAAGGUGAAGGGCAUGGCAGUGCUGUGGAUUGGUGGACUUUCGGAAUCUUUCUGUAUGAACUAUUGUUUGGUAAGACUCCUUUCAAGGGAUCAGGGAAUCGAGCCACCCUGUUCAAUGUUGUGGGUCAGCCACUGCGAUUCCCGGAGUCACCCUCUGUCAGUUUUUCGGCAAGGGAUCUUAUAAGGGGAUUGCUAGUGAAAGAGCCACAGCAUAGGUUGGCAUACAAACGAGGAGCAACAGAAAUUAAACAGCAUCCCUUCUUCGAAGGUGUAAAUUGGGCUUUGAUUCGAUGUGCAAGUCCGCCAGCAAUCCCUAUGCCAGUUGAUAUUGAAGGAAUUCGAGCCCCGAAGGCAUCAAGUGGUGAAAAAACCGCUGCUGCUGUUGUUACCCGUGAUCAGAAAAGUUCUGAUAAUUAUCUUGAAUUUGAUUUCUUUUAACGGUUUCCAGAACCAAUUCCAAUUUGUUUUCCAGAGGAAAUGUGUAGGGUUCCUGAACAUUUCGAGAUGUUCUAGAUGAUGACGAUUCCAGGGUUCUUGUAUUGAUGUCAAUGAUCAAUGAUUGUUUUAUGUUGUUAUUCAAAUUUGUUGCUCAGUGGAGAAAAUUAGAAAUUUGUUGUAUUGUAAAAGAUAAAAAUACUGAUGCUGUGAAUGCAUAAUGUGAAUUCAGUCAUUGAUCUUUUCCUAUGAAAUGUUUAAAACAGAAAA